AUGCCAGAAAUGAUGGGCAUACUCACAACGGCUGCCAUAAUGUUGCACGAAAUCCCUCAUGAGAUUGGAGAUUUUGCCAUUCUCCUGAGGUCCGGCUUCAACAGAAAGGAUGCAGCAAAGGCACAAGUGAUGACUGCUGCUGGUGGAUUGGUUGGAGCCACAAUUACUUUAUUAGCAGAGUCAGCCAAAGGCGCAGGUGACAGCACAGUCUGGGUUCUACCAUUUACAUCAGGGGGAUUCAUUUACAUUGCCAUGGUUACCGUGGUGCCAGAUCUACUCAAAGAACAGAACCCAGUUGAAUCAUUUAAGCAAGUUGUUUGUCUGUGUUGUGGUGUUGCUGUGAUGGGACUAGUGACUCUGGUUGUUGACUGA